GUCGACGGCGGCAGCAGGAAGACCCUUUCACGGGAGCUUUAGUAGCAUCGAACCCGCGGACGAAACAUCCCCACGUCCUACGGCGCUAAAAUGUACUACAAGUUCAGCGGCAUCACCCAGAAACUGACGGGAUCCCCUCCCACGGCCGCCUACAGCCCCCAGGGGCUUAAACCAGGCGUGCCGGCGGAGGCCCCGACCAUGAUAUUCGCCACACCCACCAAGGUGGUGUCAGAGACCGGGUCCACGGUGGAGUACCUCGGAGCAAACAAGGUUCAUGAGUUCCAGAGGUUAUUCCAGUCGCAAGAAGGGGUUCCCGUUCAUCUGAAGCGCGGACUUCCUGACAGGCUGCUGUACCGCACCACCAUGGCUCUCACCGUAGGAGGAGCUCUGUACUGUCUGGUGGCUCUUUACAUGGCCGCCCAGCCCAGAAAAUAAGUGACCAACGCAAACCCAGGAUCUUUGUCCGACAUCUCCCAACGCGCCUGUGCUAUAAUCCAUCGACCCGACUUUCCAUCUGACCUCGUCAUGCCACCUCUUGGGACUUUAAGAUGAGAAUUUAUCACUUUUAAAAAACCACACCAGUGAUAACAAUGUCUGUCUUCUUUGUAAAAACAAAUAAAAAAAGUCUAAGUUAAUACAUUUUAUGGGGAAAUAAAAGAGAAAGAUGUUCUCAA